ACCUCGAACAACACAUUUUCAACAUGCCAAAUGUGGAUUUUGAAAGGAUAUACUUGAAUCAAUCACGUACCAAUGGUCGUAUGAGAAUUGCAGACUCAGGUUUAGGCUGGAAAGCCUCCUCAACUGGUGCAAAUGGUGCUCAAACCAACCAGCCGUUCUUGUUACCCUCUGAAGAAAUCUUAUCAUUUAUGUGGUCUAGAGGCUCAAGAGGUUACGAAUUGAGAGUUCAAACCAAAAAUAAAGGAGUGGUAAGUCUCGAUGGAUUUGACUCGGAGAACUUUGCCGAGCUCAAACAAGAGUUGCAAAGAAAUUUUCAAAUGUCCUUGGAACAUAAGGAGCAUUCAUUAAGAGGAUGGAAUUGGGGCAAGACCGACUUGGCUAGGAAUGAAUUGAUCUUUUCCAUCAACGGAAAGCCCAGUUUCGAAAUUCCUUAUUCGGAGAUCAACAAUUCGAACUUAACGGGUAAGAAUGAGGUCGCUGUAGAAUUGAAUUUGGAAACUUCUGCUUCCAAAGCAGGUGACGAGUUGGUGGAAAUGAGAUUCUAUGUUCCAGGUGUGGUGGAAAAUGAAACCAAGACAGUCACGAAAGUGAAGAAUGAAGAAGGGGAAGAAAAAGAACACGAAGAGGCCGAGAUUGAAGAAAUUAGUGCAGCAUCAGUAUUCUAUGAGCAAUUGAAAGACAAUGCUAACAUUGGCCAAGUUGCCGGAGAAGCAAUUGUUUCGUUCAGCGAUGUGUUGUUCUUAACUCCAAGAGGUCGUUACGAUAUCGACAUGUAUCCAACAUCUUUGAGAUUGCGUGGUAAGACUUAUGACUACAAGAUCCAAUACAAGCAAAUCGAGCGGAUUUUUUCGUUACCCAAGCCAGAUGAAACGCACCAUUUGGUGGUAUUGCAAAUCGAUCCCCCACUAAGACAGGGCCAAACCAGAUAUCCAUUUUUGGUAUUACAAUUUGCUAGAGAAGAGGAAAUCGAAGUGGAGUUGAAUCUUUCUGAAGAGGAUUACAAGUCCAAGUACGAAGGUAAAUUAAAGAAGCGUUACGAUGCUGAAACCCAUUUGGUGAUGUCCCACUGUUUUAAAGGGUUGACUGAAAGAAGAUUAAUAGCUCCUGGAUCCUUCCAAUCUCGGUUCUUACAACCAGGAGUUGCUUGUAACUUAAAGGCCUCCGAAGGGUACUUGUAUCCUUUGGACAGAUGCUUUUUAUUUGUGACCAAGCCCACUGUUUAUAUACCAUUCUCCGAGGUGAGCAAUAUUGUCAUGUCACGUACUGGAACCGGUGUUUCCGCUUCCAGAACCUUUGACUUGGAGAUCAACUUGAGGAGCUCCAACCAGUCUCACGUGUUUGGAAGCAUCGACAGGGAAGAACAAGCGAGCAUUGAAAGCUAUUGUGUACAAAAGGGAUUGAGAAUUAAAAAUGAAGAAAAGGUGGCCAAGGCUAUGAUGGCUAAAGCUUUGAACGAAGCAGCUGAUGAUGACGAAGACGAUGAUGAUGCUGAUAUUGACAUGGGUAGUGCUGGAGAAGAGGAGUCAGAAGAAGAUGGUGAUUUCAACAGUGGGUCUGAUAGUGACCCAGCCGAAGAGUUCGACUCGGACGCUAGCCUUAGUGGAUCGGAUGAUGAGAAUAUGAGCGAAGGGGGCGAGCCUGCUAAGAAGAAGACCAAGAGUUAAGGUGGUCCCGAUGUCAUUGUAUAAUAAAUAAAUUUAGUAGUUUGAGUACACAAAACAAACAUAAUAAAAGUGAACUAUGGUCUUGAGAUAGCCACCUGAUAUAUUGUUGCAACACAGUACUCCAUCUUGAUCGAUUGUUGAAUUUGGUUGCAGCUGGUGGUAUUCAGACUUUGUGGCUGGGAAAAAAAACUGGCCAAAAAAUGGCAAUACCAGGCGGAAUGUGGGCAUCUUUGCCAAGCCCUACAAUGGGCUUUAGGAAUAUUAUACAUCACAUAUGGCUAAAAGGGUUCAUUCGCUUGUGCAUGAGAAUGGCUGGCUAGUUACGCU